AUGGCGAAGGGAUUACAGACGGAGGGACUCGCUGCAGACGUGACUCAGCUGAUCGAACAGUUGGAACGACAUUGUCUAGCUCCUGAUGGAUCCAUGACCUCUAAAUCCGCCUAUUACGAUCUCCAACUUGCUAGAGAAGAAAUGUUAAGAGAGAGAUUGCACUACUUGGAAGCCAUGGCAAUCUACUGUGAAGCGAUUGGAAUGGUGGAAGAGUAUCAGAAGGCUGUUUCCGUGGCGAGCCUUGGAGGAAUCAGUGAUGUUCAUGGUCUCUACCCCGAAUUUGACUUGAAGAUCUCGCCUCAGGUUUAUGAGUCUCUAGAGCACCGACUUGUUGUAGCAGAAGCAGCUCAAAAAUUGAGAUUUCCUCUUCUUUCAAAGGAUGAUGAAAUUCAUGAGGAAGAAAUUGAGAAACGUAGUGUAAUGUCAAGGAGCUCUCUGGAUAGUACAAGUACUAGCAUCACAAUCAAUUCAAGCUCAAAUUCAGCAAAUUAUACAGUCAGUCUGACUAAUAGCAUAGCAGGUAUGGCAAAUAAUGCGCUUUCCUUGAGUUCUACCGAUGCAGCAGAACCUGGAGUUGGUGGAGUUCCAAAUUGUUUUCUUGGGGUAACUCCUGUUUACUUAUGGCAAACACAACUUCAACAAACCACAGUUACCUUGGAACAGUCAGAAUAUCAAAUGUCACUUGCCCAUGAGAUUGAGGCUCGCUUAAAAGCUAAAUGCAAUAAGUUAGCUGAGGCCUUUGUAAUCAAUGAUAAUGACUCAUCAUUUGGUAGUCAAAUAUCAAGUGCUCUUCCAGAUAGAGUAAAGUUACUUAUUGAGGAAAUUGAAAGUGAAGAGACAGCUUUGAGAGAAGAUCUCUAUUCAGCAGAUAGGAAGUUUGCAGAAUAUUAUAAUGUCCUGGAGCAGAUACUCACAGCGCUUAUUAAGUUUGUCAAGGAUUUGAAGCUGCAACACCAACAUCAAUAUGAUGAAUUAAGAAAAACAUGGUUGUGCAGAAGGUGUGAGGCAAUGAAUGCAAAAUUGAGGGCUCUGGAGCAUCUUAUCCUGUGCAAUACUUACACCGAAGAUUCAACACCAGCCCUCCAUAUGAUUAGGAAAUAUCUUCUAGAGGCUACAAAAGAAGCUACAAUUGCAUACAAUAAAGCGGUUACACGCCUUCGUGAGUAUCAGGGUGUUGAUCCUCAUUUCGAUACAAUUGCGAAGCAAUACCAAGAUAUUGUAAAGAAAUUAGAAGGUAUGCAAUGGACAAUUCACCAAGUUGAAAUGGACCUGAACCGCUCGCCAGAGAAUUAGAGCACAUGAAUUUCUUGCCCCACCAAAACUUUCUCUUCCUAGUGGAUUACAAUUUAGGAAUUUCAAUUAUUACCAUAUUCAAUUCGUGUGCAGACUGCGAUCUUGUGUAAUAAAGACGGUACUUUUUUUAAGCACAAGUGCUUAUUUCAACCAAGAUUUCCAACAAAGAAAAAAUAAUUCUCUUUCUUUUUCUUCUCAGCAAUAAUGGUCUAAAUUCUAAACGGUGGUUGGCUCCCGGGCCACCUGUUUGAUAAAUUGCUUAGCUUGUGAUGUCACAUGUCAAGGCAUUCAUGCAUUAUAUGUUUAUCCAAGUAGAGUAUGAUCUUGCGUCACGACAAGCAAAUCCAGUUCCUCUUCCUGAAUUUAUUUUUACCCUAUUGACAGCGUUCACCAUUUAACCUAUUGAUCUUUCCAGAUGAUUUGCUUUUUUAAAGGAUUGUUCAAUGUUUGUGGAUGUGAUUCCAAUGGCGAGCUUUGUCAACUGCUGUGCGGUGUGGAGUCUGUGGACUCGGAUCAUAGCAUAGCCUGCAGUAACUGUUGGCAGUUGUUGGGUCCCAUGUUCACCGAUUGGAUCCGAUCAUCUGAAUUUGAAGUGAGCAGGAAGAGUUGGAUUUAUCCAACAAAACUAGAGCCAGAGUCCAGAGAGACGUGAAUUUCAUUGCAUCGUCACUCGUCAGAUUAUUAUUGGAUGAGAAUCAUGAGACCAUCGUUAUGGGCCCAUUGCUUAUUGCUUAGGUGGUUUUACGAAUAUUUGUGAACCACGGCACGCGACCUAAGAAAAUUCGGAUGCCGAUAAGAGAGAAAUUGAAUUAGGGUACAUAUUCUCGAACGGCCGGUCACGGCCUCACGGUUACGAGUAGACGACUCCAGAUUCUUCCAGUCUUCUUUUGCGCGAAAGUGGGUCCCAUUUUCGGUUCUACAAUUCUACUUCGAAUGAAAGCCAUAGAAGGUGCGUGAAACUUACGUACUAAUUAUCUUAAUCUAAUACACUAAUUGUCAAUCAUCGUGCGAAACCACUGGAGUA